GAAGAAGUUUGCGACGUCUGCUGACGUAAACAACGUCAAGAUGUCCGAACCCGCAGCUUAUGGCUUAGCUUGAAGCACAACGGUUUAGUUUUCUUUUUUUGGUUUAAUUUAGCUUUUGUUUCGUUUGGCGACACGGACACUGUAUUAGAUGGAGACCGAUAGGUUACCAUGAAACUCCGGUUGCAGAAUGACAGGAGUGAUUCCAGAAGAGCACUGAAACUGAGGGAGUCUCCGACUGUGAUGCAGCCUAAUUCAGAUGAGCUGGGCGCUCAUGCAGGAAAUGGUUUAUCCCUAAAUCUGCAACCAGAGCUUACCAGAACACCAGUCCCUGCUGCUGCCGCCGCCGCCGCCAACCCCGAGAGCAAUGAGGUACGGGUAACCAUGACCAGCAAGCCUGGGGAGUCCAGUGGGGGCGCGUCGUCCAGGAGGUCCAGAGUCAACUCCCACAGCCACUCACAUUCUCAGCCACAUGCGCACAGUCGGGUGCACUCGAACUCAGAGCCUGAGCUUGAUCCGCCUGACUCUGAUCUGGACUCUGGAGAACCCAGCACCUCCUUGUCGGAGCUCCGCUGUCUCUUCCGCUGGCUCCAAAAGAGUCUUCCUUUCCUCGUCAUACUGUGUGCUAAACUGGUCAUCCAGCAUGCUCUUGGUCUAGCAGUUGGGGUUGGCCUCUUCACAACUUUUCUGUAUGUGAAUAAAAAUAUUCAAACUCAAGUCUUUCUUCAGGAUCGGCACUCAAAGCUGCAGUGUGUGUGGCUGCUAAUGUUCCUGGUUUCUUCCACCCUACUGCUUUACUACACCUUUCUCUCUGAGACCCUUCACCAUUGCCUCAUCUUCCUCAGCCCGACCAUUGAGCCGCUGGGUUUCUGGGAGGUUCUGUGGGCCGUCGGCAUCACCAACUUCAUCAUUAAGUUUCUCUUCAUGGGGGUCAAGUGCCUUAUUCUGCUGCUGCCAUCCUCACUGGUGACCUACAGAACCCAGGGGCGGUGGGUGAUGCUGACUGAGGAGGUGGGUCAGGUCCACCAGGCCACGGCUCCUGUUCCACUGUGGUUCCGCUACCUGGUCACGUACCAGGAGGUUGACGGCACCCCUGGACUCACACUGGGGGUCCUGCUGGCUCUGCUCUACCUCAUACUGAAGCUUUUAGGAUUGUACGGACAGUGGACGUCUUUGCUGAAAACUGUGAGGAUAUUUCUAAAGGGCGAGCAUACAGGCACAGCAGCCACUAGGAGUCAGUGCAGCGAGGCUGGAGACGUCUGUCCCAUCUGUCAGGGAGAAUACAGAGAGCCUCGGGUCCUACUCUGUCAGCACAUUUUCUGUGACGAAUGCAUCGCUCUGUGGUUUAACCGGGAGAAGAGCUGCCCUCUCUGUCGCACCGUGAUCGCAGAGAAGGUUUACAAAUGGAGGGACGGAGCCACAUCUCCUCACCUGCAGAUUUAUUGACUGAUGGGGUUUUGGUGGCGUUUUUUUUUUUUUGGGUGUGGGAUGUCGGUAUUAGCUCAUAUUUAAUGUGAUUUUUCUGUGGCUGUCAAAUCCCACUGACAAGUAAUGUUGUACACACUGUUUCAUUAAUCAGCUAAGGGCUGUGGCCCCUGGGGGCCGAGGUCAGUAAGGACUCAAUUUGCACCUGCAGUAGACAUGUUUCUGGGUUAUUUACUGGGACUUGUCACUUUUACAGAUAACGAACAGUUGAUUAUUUUCACGCCCCCCCAAGUAAUUUUUCCAUUUUAAGUUGUGUCCUUUUGUGUUGUGUUGCUUUUUUUCACCUUUAAAUAUGAUAUAAACUUUCCUCACGUGGCAAGAAAUUGUUUUCUCCUACUUGUAAAUAUGGGAACAUCGGAAAUAUAUAUUGAAAAAAAGUAUUUUAAACACGUUUGAACAAACAUGCAACACAUGCACCCUCUCUUAUCCAGUGUUUCUAAAUUUGUGGAGGCGACUUCUGAUUUGUAACAAUAAAUGUGUAGAGGUGAGCAGCUGCGAACCUCAGCUCAGGAGCUGAAUUUUGCUUUUUCUGCGUCUUUGAGCUUGAACGGGACUGCAAAGGCUUUUAGGACGCACAGUUCACUGCGACAUCACAUGUAAUGACCAGACCUUUGCCACUAGAGACUAAAGAAUAUGUUUCUGUGAUGGAUAAACAGUUUGCCUUUCGCUUUCAGCUUUUGGUGGCUAUUUUUUUCCCACGUCUGCUAAAAAGGAUGCAACUGAGCUUGUGAGACUGAUUUACACAUAAAUUAUUUUUCUAUAGAGGUGACAGAGCCUCAUUUUUGUAAAAACCAAAGACUGGGAGAGAAACAUCUAUUUUAUUAUGUACAAAAAUCAUUUCACUGUGUUGUUAUUUUUAUCCAUUUAGAUGCAUAAACUAUCUGAAUAAAGAUCUACAAUUUUAA